AUGAUGGAACACAAGGAAAGUCUUGAUUUGCAGCCGACAAUUGGCAUCCCUUAUUCUGAUAAUGUCGUUCGGGUUUCUGUGAUUGACAAUGGCGGACGUUUAGACCUGCCAUCGUCAUGCUUUCACGAGCCCGGUUUCAAAGGCGCUGAGCGGUUGAACGUCCCAUCUUUCUCUUUCCUCAUUGAGCACGAAUCUGGUCAGAAGAUUCUUUUUGACUUAGGGAUCAGGAAGAAUUGGCAAGAUCUACCCCCUGUGGCCUUGGACUUAUUCAAGAGCAAUGAUUUCUCUUUUUCAACUCAGGAAGAUACGCCAACGACUCUUGAAAGGAAUGGAAUCGAUGUGUCUGGCGGUGAAAUCAGCACGGUGAUUUGGAGUCAUCCGCAUUUUGAUCAUAUUGGAGAUCUAUCAAAGUUUCCAAGUGACACAAGAUUAGUUGUCGGACAAAACUUCAAAAGGCACUUCCUUCCCGGUUACCCAGCUGAUUUAAGUUCAGCUCUUCAUCACCACGAUUUCGAGAAACGCGAAAUUCAUGAGCUUGUAUUUCCACCCGGGUGUUUGAAAAUCGGGCGCUUUGCAGCUAUUGAUUAUUUUGGAGAUGGGAGCUUUUAUCUUCUGGACACUCCGGGUCACACAAUUAGCCACGUCUCUGCUUUGGCGAGAACAGAUGCCUCCCCUCCUUCAUUCGUUCUCUUGACAGGGGAUGUAUGUCAUCAUGCCGGCGAGAUUCGACCUACGGAGAGUGUCCCGUUGCCCGAGAUGAUUGAGCCGUCCCCAAUUCCGGAAAUAUCAUAUCCUGCCUGCCCGGGUCAUGUGUUUCGCUCGAUUCAUCCACAUCAAAGUCGAGUUGCCCCAUUUUACACCAUUACGGAAGCUUUCAAUGACGACCUCGAAGUGGCCAAUUCUACUAUCACCGGUGUGCAGGAGCUGGAUAGUGAACCCAACAUUCUGACUCUAAUUGCCCAUGAUUCGACUUUACUUGGCGAAAUACCGCUUUUCCCUAAAUCACUCGAAGGCUGGGCGGAUGCCGAUAUUAAAGAACGCUUGAAAUGGAAGUUCUUGGCUGAUUUCCGCCAACAGCUUCAGAAUUGA